ACAGCAAAAAAGCAGUUUUCACUAUUCACCCUCUCACCCAUUACCCGCCGCCCGCUUCCACCCGCCGCUACCCCAACGAUUCAACAACCAAGAACUACAACUCCCCUCGAACAGGCAGCAAAGAACUGCGCUUCCCAGAAUUCCGCAGCCCGGUGCUGCUGGCCAGGAAGGGCUCGCGCGGCCCCCAUCAUCAGCACCAGCUUUGUGCUGCAGAGGAGGCGGCGGAGCAGCAACAUCCUGGGAACAAAAUCCUGGAUCAACUGCAUGUUCUUCAGCAAAGACGCCCUUCAUACUGUGCCGGAGCAAACAGGGAGACGCGGGGAUGGGCGACCAGAAGGACGGGAUGCAGAAGAUCAUCACCACGCUGGCCGUGAAGAACGAGGAGAUCCAGAACUUCAUUCUGCUGCUGAAACAGAGUCUGCAGAAUAUAGAGGUGAACUCCAGUCAGGCUCAGGCAGAGCUGGAGUCGGAGUUCAGCUCUCUAUACAACGUCCUGGACGAGCUGAAGGACAGCAUGCUGACCAAGAUCAAGCAGGAGAGAGCGAGCAAGACCUAUGAGCUACAGACUCAGCUGAGCGCGUGCACGAAGGCGCUGGAGAGCUCGGAGGAGCUGCUGGAGCUGGCCAAUCAGACACUGUGCACGGCCGAGAGUGACGACUUCAUCCAGGCUGCCAGGCAGAUUAAGGAUAGUGUUACCAUGGCACCCGCGUUCCGCCUGUCUCUCAAGGCCAAGGUCAGCGACAGCAUGAGCCACCUGAUGGUGGACUUCAGCCGGGAAAGAAGCCAACUGAAGAGCCUGUCCUUCCUGCCAGUCCCCGGGACCCCUGUGAUCGAUCUCUCCCAGUGCCUGGUUGCUGAUAACUGCGUGACUGUGGUGUGGAGCGUCCCGGGGGAGGAUGCCAAGAUUGAGCACUUCGACCUGGAGUACCGGCGCACUGACCACGAGGGGGCUCCACGCGGCAGAGAGGAGCACCCCUGGAUGGUGGUGGAGGGGAUCAGAGGGAGCGAGUACACCCUGAGAGGUCAGCGGUUCGACACGCGGUUCAUGACGUUCCGUGUGAAGGCGUGUAACAAGGCCGUGGCGGGAGAAUUCUCCGAGCCCGUUACCCUGGAAACCAGCGCCUUCGUGUUCAAGCUGGACUCUGGCUCCUCUCAUCAGAACCUGCGUGUGGAGGGUCUCAGUGUGGAGUGGGACUCGACGGGGGGGAAGGUGCUGGAGAUGAAGAAGGAGAUGAAGACCCGGCCGGCCUCCCCGCUCAACUCCCCGGCCAGGUCCGCCAUGAUGAUGUCACCCAAGAGAACGCCCAUGGCGCGGGGGAGCCGGGAUCGAUUCACAGCCGAGUCCUACACUGUGCUGGCGGACACUGCGCUGGACUGCGGGCAGCACUACUGGGAGGUGCGUUUCGAUAAGGACAGCAAGGCGUUCGCGGCCGGCCUCGCGCUGCGCUCCCUCGGGAAGUUCGACCAGCUCGGCAAGACCAGCGCCUCCUGGUGUCUGCAUCUGAACAACUGGCUGCAGACCAGCUUCACCGCCAAGCACAACAACAAGGCCAGGAGCCUGGAGGGGCCGGUGCCAGACAGGCUGGGGGUGCACUGCAGCUACGAGGAGGGUCUCCUCUCAUUCUAUAACGCUCACACCAAGCAGCUGCUCCACACCUUCAAGACCAAGUUCACUCAGCCUGUGGUACCGGCCUUCAUGGUGUGGAACGGAAGCUUCUCGGUGCAGACCGGCCUGCAGGUCCCGAGCACCAUCAAGUGUCUCCAGAAACGCAACAGCGGAACCAGCAGCUCCACCGCCAGCCUGACCUAGAACCGGGGAGCGGCGCCUAGAACCGGGGAGCGGCGCCUAGAACCGGGGAGCGGCACCUAGAACCGGGGAGCGGCGCCUAGAGCUUCCCCAAGCGCAUUCCCACUUACAUGAAUGCAGUCGCAAUAUAUCCGAAUAUACCGUGUGCGCACGCAUAUGUGUGUGCGCAUGCGUGUGUGUGCUCGUGUGUUCGUAUGUGUGUGUGCGCUCGUGUGUGUAUGUGUGUGCUUGGGUGUGUGCUUGUAUGUGUGUGUGUGCGCACGCGUGUGUGUGCUUGUGUGUGCGUGUGCUCAUGUGUGUGCUUGUAUGUGUGUGUGUGUGCGUGUGCUCGUGUGUGUGCGCGUGUGUGUGCGCGUGUGCUCGUGCGUGUGUGCUCGUAUGUGUGCUCAUGUGUGUCCUUGUAUGUGUGUGUGUGUGUGUGUGUGCGUGCAUGUGCUUGUAUGUGUGUGCUCGUGCGCGUGCGCGUGUGCUCGUGCUGCACAGGCUGCUAUUGCUGCAUUUUUAAUUAACUUCAUGGGGUUGUUUUUAAUACUGUGGAUGGUGCCACCUGGUGGCUCCUGUACUGGCCCGGGUCUGCAAGUUCUGUAGCGAUGAUGUCACAAUACCCCCAUGAGAGACGGGGAGACAGACAGGUAAUCAGGGAGGCAGUGAGACUAAAUAAACACAUUUAUGAAAUCCUGUGAUCCCAAAAGCUAUAGAUUAUAGAUGGGUUUUUUUUGUAUCAAUAUGAAGUCAUUAAUGUUUACCCUGGAAUCGACACAAGAAACUCUUCCCAGGAGAGUUUCCUCAGCUCAGCUCUGCAAAGGAAGGCUGGGUAGCCCUUCCCAUUACCAGAGUAACCUUACCCAAUUAUAGUAGGAAUAACACUGAGCAUAACUAUAUAGAAACAUGCGUAACCUUCAGGUAUGUAGUGUUGAAGUUCAUACUUCCAUUAUGAUGUUCAGCUUUAAAUUGAGUACACUGGUGAUUACCCUGCCUGACCAGCAGGUGUCACCAUGGCUCCUUAACUGACAAAUGGAAUUUUUAUACAGCAAAAUUUGGAGGGGAGGGGGAGACGAGGGGUAGACGAGACGAGAUUAAGAAUCAUGAAUGUUUUGAAAAUCAGUGCAAAUUAAAAUCUGCUUUUUUUCA